AUGCCUCCAAGCAGCCAAAAAAAUAAUAAAAGAAAACACGCCGAAACCGCCGCCUCCCUCGACGACACCAUUUACACCACGCGCCGCCGCACCCCCUCUCCCCGCACCCCGGCCCGUACGCCCUCCCCUCCCCUAAGCGACAACGCGCGGCGCGUCGCGUUCGGGCUGCGCAGCCUCAAAGCCAAACCCGCGGCUGAACGGCCACAGCAUGCAUUCAGCAGCGCUCGCUCGCCGUCACAGCACCCUCCGCGCGGCGCCGCAAAUCCAGGCAGCACACCCACACCCACAGCCGCCGAAGAAGAAGAAGACGCCGCCAAAGACGCACACGACGAGACCGCCCCCCUCCCCCCCGGGCAACUCCUCCUCCCACAAGCCCUCACCUCCCCCCUCACCCGCGAACGCGCCAUCCGCGCCAUCCAGGCCAACCUACCCGCACCACAUAGAUUUAUUCCCACCUCCGCGGCCUUGACGACCUUCGCCUUCGAGCCGCCCGAAGACACCUUUUCUGAGGACGAGCACGCGCGCUUCGUCCGCGCGGUUGGGGACGCGGGGAAGGAUUUUGAGAGGAUUGCUGCUGUGGUGGGUGGGGGGAGGAGCACGAGUGAGUGCAUUAGGUAUUGGUAUGCGUGGAAAAACGACCUUAAGAGGGAGGGGGAGUGGAGGGGGGUUAAGCGGGGGCUCCGGCUAGGUAGGGAGAGGAGGGAGCUGCGUGGUUUGGCGGAUGUGGAUGGCGCGGGGGAUGGGGACCGGGGGUUGGUGGUGCUGGCACGGACUGCGCCCUCGUCGGAGCGGAGUUGUCUGCCUAGCAGCACGCCCAGUAGCCCGUAG